AUGGAAAAACGAAUUGGACAUAGAAUUCAACGUAACAGAAAGUUUAACAAAGCUAGUUCUGGUGGUGGAAUGGUUUCUUCCCACGAUGUAGAAUUUAGCUUGGAUUCGCCAUUGGCUUCGUCUCGCCUUGACAAGGGAACAGUAUCCCCAAAAGCAACGAAGCCGAAGAGUGUUCCAUUUGGCUUGAGCGAAGCCGAAAACAAUUUGCUGUUUGAAAAGAUUCGCAAUGCCGGUAACGGUUACGGUCGAAAGCCAAAGCCAAAUGGCAGCAAUUCCGGCCGUCCUCGUAAGAACAGUAACGGUUCUUCGGGCCGUGGGAAAAAUCAAAGUCCGGGAAAGAACGAACACCAUAACCACAUGAAUGUGGCGAAUGGUGCUGAAGAAUCCAACGGAUAUUUUUCCUUGCCAAAGCCUCCAAGUAGUGCAAAGUCGACUGCUUCUUUAAGCACUUCUUCUUCCGAACUUAAUUCUUCUCUUUAUGCUGGUCCUACUUUUACCCAUUCUCCUGCCGCGUCUAAUCUCCCUAUCCCUACGUUCCUUAAUGCUUCUGAUGCCGCUGAGAAGCCUGAAUAUGCCUCGUCGAUGACUACAACUGCUUCACCUUUGUUUAGUCAACAAGUAUAUGCUUCUUUGUCUUCCACUCCUUCCCAGGAGCUUCCGACCACGACGCAUGUACCCGUAGCCAACAAGGGUUGGUAUUCUCCUACCGCGAGUGGACGCUCUGUGUCUGAUAAUUAUAUUAAUAAUCAUGCUGUACCCAGUAUGACCCAUUGUUCUUCUACUCCUCCCUUGCAAGAAGGGAUUCCUAUGUUCGAUCAUGCAUCUUAUAGACAAAUUUCACCUUCUCGUUUUCAAUCUAAUUCCCCAGUUGAUGGCUUACAUUGCCAUUCCACUUCAGCUUUAGAUUUGCUAUUUCAUCGUGAUCGUGAACAGCGUCUUUUCCGCAUGCUCCAUCAUGGAAGUGCAUAA